AUGGUUCCACUAGAGCCGCCCGCACCUGCCGAGCGCGUGGAUGCUGGUCUUGCAUUCUUGACGGAUUCUUUGUGGUCGGCUGCUGCGCGUCGACGGAUGGCUGAUCGCGGUCCUCCAGGUGGUGAGCCUGCUCGUGCGAUUGAUGAACCACUGGUCUUCGACGCUGAAGGUGUCGAAUCAGCUCCAGACUCGGGUCCUGAAGUCAAAGGCGAUGAUGGUCUAGGUGCAGACUGGAGAAAUCUUGGUUAG